CAUGUGAAUGAGCGCAGUAACAACCAUCAGCCUUUCCUGACUGCGCAGCGCAGACUGGAUUGUGUCGCACGAUUCCAGGAUUCACGCAUCACUGUGCGCCUGCAGCGUCACAAGAUGAGUCCUUCCUCACGAUGCGUGUGACUGUGGAUUUGUUAUUUGGCCUCCAUCACUGUAAGGGUGGAAGUGACACAUCCGCACCGUGUGACAGCUUCUCCGUGGACGCUGAAGGUUGACAGGAUCUGCUGAGGAUGCGCCCCGAGCGCACAGUUGAUCUGUGUUGAUGACGGGCUCCUCGGGCCCGCUUCAGCUCCUGUUUCAGCGCGGAAAGGAUUAUUUGUUUUUAUACACCAGGAGGAGAAAUGGGGAGCACGACCUCCUGCUGCGUGUCUGGCAGCCCCAAGCUGCGGAGAAAUGCCCACUCCAGGCUGGAGCCAUACCACCAGGAGUCGGAUCUGAGCAGGGAGGAGACGGCGUGCAACCUACAGCACAUCAGCGACAGGGAAAACAUUGACGAGUUGAACAUGGAGUACAACCCAUCAGACCAUCCUCGGGCCAGCACUAUUUUCUUGAGCAAAUCUCAUAAUGACGAUGUGAUUUACAGGAAUGUGCGAGAAAAACGAAAGAGCCUCUUCAUCAAUAAUCACGGCAGUCUGAGGAGAAAAUACAGCUCCUGCUCAACCAUCUUCCUGGACGACAACACAGUCAGCCAGCCCAACCUCAAAUACACCAUCAAAUGCGUCACUUUAGCCAUUUACUACCAUAUAAAAAACAGAGACACAAAUGGAGGCAUGCUGUUGGAUAUCUUUGAUGAAAAGCUUCAUCCUCUCUCAAAAUCAGAGGUUCCCCUGGACUACAACCAGCAUGACCCGGAGCAGAAGCAGAUCUACCGCUUCGUCAGAACCCUGUUCAGCGCUGCUCAGCUCACGGCUGAAUGUGCUAUCGUCACACUGGUGUACCUGGAGCGACUGCUGACUUACGCAGAGAUUGACAUCUGUCCUGGAAACUGGAAGAGGAUUGUUCUGGGCGCCAUUCUGCUGGCCUCAAAGGUCUGGGAUGACCAGGCUGUCUGGAACGUCGACUACUGUCAGAUCCUCAAGGACAUAACUGUGGAAGACAUGAAUGAACUGGAGCGCCAGUUCCUGGAGCUGCUGCAGUUCAACAUCAACGUUCCGUCCAGCGUCUACGCCAAGUACUACUUCGACCUGCGAUCGCUGUCAGAGUCCAACAACCUGAGCUUCCCGCUGGAGCCACUCAGCAGGGAAAAGGCCCAGAAGUUGGAGGCCAUUUCCAGACUUUGUGAUGACAAAUACAAAGACAUCCGGCGAGCAGCCAGGAAACGCUCGGCCAGCAUGGACAACCUGUGUGGGAGACGAUGGGUUCCUGCAAUCCUCUCCUAACCACUGAUCACCAUCCAGGAGCCUCACGGCACUGACUGGACCACAGACGUCAAACCUUUUGGUUCCUCUGGAUCCUCAGUGCAGAACUUGAUGGAUCUAUGUGCAACACUGGAUUUGGAAGAUAAGACACCAGAGAAGUUGGUAUCUUAACACGAUGCCUUCGCAGUGCCUCGACUUGUCUACUGACUGGGAAGAUGCAGGAAUUUUUGAGUUUUCCUUCACUUGUGAAAAGACAAACGGCUUUGGACCGAGUCCUGGGUGAGGAGAAGCCUUUCAGGACAUGACUCUGUGAAACACCUGCUCAUGUUUCCAGGCUUCUCCUGAAUUUGUCUGAAGAUAUACAUCUAAUAUAAUCUUUUGUUCAGACAACAGUACAAAGAAUAUCAUUUAUUUUGCUCUACAAUUCAAACAUUAGCCUAGUAUAGAGCUUUUUACUUAUUAUUUAUUUCCUUUUGAUAGUCUUCUAAAUAAUGAAAGUGUUCUUGAAGGUUUACAGUAUUUCUGGUACAUUUAAUACUCAGGUAGAACAUUAAAUAUGUCAAUUCCCUGUGAUGCUCCAUAUUUUAUAUAUAAGGUCGGGAACAUUUGGAAGUAGCUCAGACUGUACAUAGAAGGUGCCAGGAAUUAUAAAAUUAGUAAUAAUGUUCAUUCAGACAUGAGUGACAGUUUCUUCUUUUGGGGUCAAUUUCAGUUAAGCAAUAGGAGAAAAGUUUUUUUUUUUCUAAAUAGUGUUUAUAGCAUAAAAUCCAUAUUUUUCCCCCCAAUUAUCAGUAUUAUUAUGAUGUUGAUGUCAGUUUUAACAUGUUUCUCACAGUGGACUACAGGACACCUCACUCUUAUUUGAGAAGAUAAAGCAGCUGACAAGUAAAACCAUCUUGUUGGGACUCUUUGUGUCCAUAAAGAUCUUUCUGUUAAAUCUUUUUCAGAUAAAAAAAAAAAUCUAAUUUGAGUUAUUUUGUGAAAUUUUCCUCAAAGGAUCGAUUCUGUGCCGACAGGUCAGUUGAUACUUUAAAUGUUGAAAAGUUUCUUUAAAGACACAAUGCAGAUUUUUUUGAAGUGUUAACAUGGAGAAUCACAGAGACGCCUAAUUUUAUCAUGGUUCCUCUAAGAGAAAAUGUCUACCAGUGAAAUAACCCAAAUGUUUAGUUGAUAAUGCAGAAGCAUUGUUGUGAAUUUUUCAAGCUGUAAUAUUUCUACAUCAGAUAAUUAUGCUGACUGCCUAUGCAGAGCAGAACUUACUGUUGCCACAGACAGCAGAGCAACUUAGCUGCAUUUUAUCCAUGCAAGAAUUUAUGAGAAUUGAAUUCCUGUUCCAGAAUUUCUGUUAAAAAAUAUUCAUAAAGCUGACAUAAAAAAAAAGCAAAAAUGAACUUUUUAUGUAAUAGAAAGUUUCAUGUAAGAAAUGAUCAAAUUUGUCAUUUGGUGAUGUCAUAAAGUUGAGGAAGAUAAACCUCAACAGCAAACUGCAUAGUAGACGGAUCAGCAGCAUUUUUUCCUCGAUUUCUCAAGUUUUUUUUGUUUGUGUUGCUGCAGGCCUCAAAUAACCCGUGAAGCAUAAAAAACAUCUCUAUAAAUCAACUCUAAAGUCCAGAUUAAAGGCAGGAGAAUGAUCAGAAAACAUUAGAAGAGGAACAAGAGUUAUUUAGUCAGUAUUACAUGCUAUACCUCGUUUCCAGUCUUACAUGUGUCUUUGUUCAGUGUCUCUUAUUAUCUGCUACAUUAAAAAUAAGUUUUACUGACAGUUAAUGGAUCCCUGUUUUUACUGCCGGGUGAAAAAGACAAAUAUGUUUUUGUUUAAAACCUCAACAAAUGGUGCAAACAAAGCUGUUUCCUGUUUUACAUGAUUAAACAAAACAAUAAUGAUUUUUACAAAAAUGAAAUAAAACUGUAGCAACCAAAGACUUUUCUUUAUCAGACAUAAUUUAGACCCUUUUGAAACAUAAAUGUAUUUUUCCCCCAGAAUGUUUUCUAAAAACAAACAUCUUCAUUCUGUUAAAUGAUCCAUACUGUCAGCAUCAAGCAACAUUUUUGUGUU